AUGGCGAGGCAGAGGGGGGGGUACGGGGGCGAUAAGCCGGUGUUCUCGUUCGCCGACAACCGCGGCGUCGAGAUGACAUCCGUGGCACCCGACGCGUCGGACACGACGGCGCGCGGCGGCGCUCCUCGCAUGGCGCACAGAGCCGUCGCCUCCGACGUGACCCUGCAGAUGCUGAUAUCGUUCAACGUUUACUUCUCCGUCUGCUUCUGGGUCGCGACGGUGGUGGCGACGUUCGUCAAGACCAACGGCGCGAGGGAGGACUUCGACGAGAUUCGGCCGGUGAUGAUCUGCAUGUACGCCGUGUUCGAACCCGCGCGGCUCUACGCGGGAUUCGCGGGUAACCUGCAGGAGCAAGUUCCGAUGCUCAUCGGGUUCGUCGCCCUCAGCUUUUGCGUCGCGCUUCCCCUGCACUUUUACUUUCUCGCCGGGCAGAUGGGCGUCGUCGCGUUCGACAAGGCUCUGAACCUGUUCGCGGUGGUGUACGUCGUCGCGCAGGUGGUGGCUGGGGUGGUGGCGGCGCGGAAGAUCCUCGCGUCGCAGUCGCUCUCGUUCUUCAUGUCCGAGCUUCGGUGA